AUGUCUGUCAAAGUGGAUGUCGGAAAAGCGGAUCAGUCUCGAACAGACGGGAACACAUCAUUCAAGAAAGGUAGAUGGUCCGAAGCUAUAGGUCAUUAUACCAAUGCAAUCAUAUAUAACCCUACCAACCCCGUAAAUUACUCUAAUCGUGCUCAGGCUUUUCUCAAAAUCGAUAAAUAUCAAGAUGCAGAAAGAGACUGUACGACCUGUCUCUCACUCGAACAGAGCAACAUCAAAGCUUUGUACAGGAGAGGUCUGGCUAGGAAGGGUUUAGGAAAGGUAGAUGAAGCUAUUGAAGAUCUACAGCAGAUAUUGAAAAUCGACAAAACCAACGAAACUGUCAAAAGCGAGUUGGAGGAGUUAUUGGAUACACAGCGGAAUAAUGAAAUCAAGAAAUCCAAGCCUCGUAGACCGAUAACCCCACCUCCUGUCAAUCCAACGACAUCGAUAUCGACCGAAGCAAGUAUAGAGGAAAUUGCCGAUCAAACUGAUUCGAUCGAUCUUUCUUCUUCUUCCUCCUCAAAGCCUAAAGUGGAUAUACCUGAUACACCGAAAGAAGAAAACCCACCUCAUACAUCUGCACCAUCAUCCUUCGCUUCGCUCAGACAAGCCAGGGAAGGUAAGAAGAAAGCUUUUGUGAAUGGCACGAAUGUCUCACCUUCAUCAGGAUCAGUGAAUAACAAGUCCUCAACAUCAUCCAUACCUACACCUACACCGUCAAGCAAAUCAGUUCCUCACACCGACGUACAACUCAAUUCUUCAUCCCAACCACAGAAUCUUCCCACUGUCACUGAUCCUCUACCAGAAGAGAGGCCAUCCUUUCCUACAGAUAUAGAUAUCAACUCCACUUCGUCCGGAGCAGGUCUGAUAUUCCUCCGACACUUAUCUUCCUCCCCUACGACUACCAGUGUCAAACACAAUUGGGAAUUGAUAUCCUUAUACUCACCAGAAGUUUUGUCUAAGAUCUUGGUUAAUCUCUUAGAACCCGAUAAUUUGGGGUUGAUCUUGAUAGCCCUAGAAUACGGCUUAGAACUGGACGAAGAGCAAGGGGAAAAGGAGAGGGUAAAAGGGCUGUUGGAUGGUCUGAGAAAAUCCAAAAGAUGGAAGAUGAAUUAUAGUAUGUUAAGUCACCAGGAGAGAACGAUCGGUGAUAAGGUCUGGAAGGAGUGCGGCGGUGAAGGUGGAUUGAGGUAG